AUGUUUAUUAGUGAACGUGAAGAAAGCUAACGGCGUGUUCAAACUUUCUCAAAUUAUUUGUAUGACACGCGCGUGGCGUUACACUGGAUUUACGCCUGUUACGCAAUUUGGUUGACGGGUGGGACGUCGCCUAUGGAUCAGGCUGUGACUCGUCAUUGAAACAAUUUGGACAUCGCCUGCGACACCAAAAGGCAUCUCUUUUGGCACAUCGAGGGAAACCUUUUGUCACACAUUUGCGGCGACGCACUGAAGGAUAUAUUUGAGUUCGUUAUACAUUUGGUUAUUCAAAGUAUGACACAUUCAUGGGGUUAUGGAAACAAUAACGGUCCUCGAACAUGGGCGACACAUUUCCCCGAUGCGGGCGGCUCCGAACAAUCGCCGAUUGACGUCUGCGUCUGUGACGCCGUGUUUGACGUCGGCCUACUGACGUCACCCCUGACGCCGACUUACUGUACAGAGGACGGCGUGGAGCUCAAUAACACUGGCGAAAGUUUCAAGGUCAACAUCAAGAAAUGUUCUGAGCUGAGGGGCGGCCCCCUAGAGAGCUUGUACCGUCUGGAGCAGUUCCACCUCCACUGGGGUUCAUGUGACAACAGAGGCUCCGAGCACACCAUCAACGGCAGGGCGUUCGCCGCCGAGCUCCACUUUGUUCACUGGAACUGCCACAAGUACAACAGCUUGGCCGAAGCAGCAGAUAAGCCUAAUGGGCUUGCCGUUAUAGGAGUCAUGAUCCAGUGUGGCAAGGAACAUCCCGGAUUCAAAUACCUCGUGGAAGCGAUGCCACGUGUUCGCGGGUGCGGGCACAAGUGUCAAGUGACGACCCUGUUCAACCCAUCCGUGCUACUCCCAGACAAUAUACAAGAAUAUUGGACCUAUCACGGCUCUCUGACGACUCCUCCCUGCUUUGAAAGCGUUCAAUGGAUCGUGAUCAGACAGCCCGUGGAAUUCUCAUCGUCUCAGCUCCAGUCUUUGCGGACUCUGCUGGGAGGCGACGGAGACGCGUGCAUCGUAGACAACUUUAGGCCGCCUCUUCCGCUAGGUGACCGGAAACUCCGCUCGUCGUUCAACGAAACCGUGAUUAACUAUAGAUUCUGAGACAACGAAGGCACUACCAGGGAUACGAACACUCUGACAAAAUUAUUUAUUUUUUCGUCUCGGCAAAAAAAUCAUGGGCAGAACACUGUAUUGUAGGGUCUUAAUUCACAUUUGCCAUUCUUUCACAUAUGUGUGUAUGAUAUGACAUCAAUUUUCACAUGCUUUAUUGCGUCGAAUGCGACUAGCAAUCAACGAGUAUGCAAUGGAAUCGAAAAGUAAUAUGUUUUUUAUUGCUUACUAUGACCAUAUCUAUUGAGCUUUAAAUAGUUUAAUCACAAUUGCGAAACAUAUUUUUUUUAAUAAACCGGACAGGAAUUAAUUAAUUUAAGAUGAAGAAGCAUGCGUAGUCAGCCAUUGGUUGUUAACUUUACAAUGUCAAACCUCGAGGUAUUUGCUAAAUUGUCCAAAAAUUUUUUUAUGUACAAUUGACCAUUAUACGUUGAGAGUUUUGUAUAUGUGCAAAUAAGGUAUGUACUUUAAAUUAUGAGUUGGAUUUUUAUGCCCCAUGAUCGAAUGAUCGGAGGUACCGGUAUAUUGUUUUUGGCCUGUCUGUCUGUCAUUCUGUGUGUCUGUACCAAAACUUUAAGGUUGGUCAUAACUUUUGCAAUAUUGAAGAUAGCAACUUGAUAUUUGGCAUGCAUGUAUAUCUCAUGGAGCUGCACAUUUUGAGUGGUGAAAGGUCAAGGUCGAUGUCAUCCUUCAAGGUCAAAGGUCAAAUAUAUUGCUUCAAAGGGGGCAUUGUGUUUCUGACAAACACAUCUCCUGUUUUAAUUUAAUAUUCGUUUAUAGAUUUCUCCUACAGUAGAUAUUAUAUAUUAUUUAUUAUAUAUAUAGUGAAUAUAUUAUAAUUAUAUAUAAUUUAUUUUAUAUAAAGUAAAUAUAUUAUAAUCGCAAAAAGUGAACUUGUAGUGGAUAGAAAGAUUUGUGCUAAUGCAAUACACGAUAUGAUUUCAGUAUAAGCGAUCAAUUUAUACAUGUUGUUUUUUCGUUUAUACUUACGUGAAUACAUAUUAUGUAAGACUGUUGUUUUGAGGAAAUAAAGUAUUGGUUCACUUA